AUGGAAGCACAGUGCUCUGACAAUUCAGGAACACCAGGGACGCCAUGUUCGACUCUGCAGGUUCAUGUUGUGAUUGUAGGUCCAGUUUGGGGAGAGCCCUUCACGGCGCGUGAACGUAUGGAGAUCAGUCUGAAGCAUGGGCAGCGCUGCCCUGGAUUCAGUGGAGUGGAUUCAGGAUCAAUCGCUAUCCUGGAAGAGGACAACCCACAAUGGAAGCAGGAGCCGUUCAAGCUCUCCAAGUUCAAGCGCGUGCGGGCGAAGGUGACUUCCUUUCGACAGAAAUCAGAAGCUGCUGAGAUUCUUGACCUGGACAUUGCAGCGCAAAUGAAUGAAGAAGAUCCCAGGUCAAAAAUGGAUAGUGACAAACUGCCCCGAGAUGAAGCUGAAGAUGGACUCGCAGAGCAUUGAGACAACCUGUGGCAAGACCGAGUUUGUGGGCUGGAAAACCUUGUCAGGGACCUGCAAGCUAGUGCAAGCUGGGGCUUCAGUCUCACAAGCAGUGUCAACACGACACGGCCGCUAGGAUUUGUAGUCCAGAAAGCACAGACAAAUGCACUAGCACCUGCUCACCAGCUGAUGAUGUUGCUUUUUGCACUUUCAACUCCAACAGACCGUUGAGCUGAGGACAGGCUGAGUUGUGCUGAGUUGUUCUAUGUCACUGGAAGAAUGAACAUCGACUACAGCUGUUUUACACUGUUCCACACCUGUUAUAAUGCUCCGGCUCCGAGUGCAUCUCAGCAUCUUUAUGGUCUUCCGUAGCUGUUUGUACAGAUUUUGCCUCAAGCACUCAGGGACGCUAUUUUGCUCAGCGUCGACAUAGCCAUGGCGCUCAGAUCCGUUUUGUUCGCUUGCCUCAUCCUUGCGAGCGUUGAAGCUUCUUUCAACAUGAACAAACUCCCAAAUGGCUGCGCGGGCUGGGGCUGGGGCUGGGGCUGGGCAUGUCACAACUGGACCUGCGACGAAAGCAAUGCAACAUUUGACUGCAACGAUGCUUUCCACAAACUUCAUUUUGAGUGCCUCCAGGGCAAGUGGACGUGCGUAACAAAUACUAGUGCAACGUGUUGCUUAGACGUUGCAUGACGUUGCCGUGUGAGACCACGUGUGGAGCUUGGUAGCGGGCCUUGAGAAGGAUUGCUUCGCUCACGGAGCGACGUGAAAAACAGUGCUCUUAGCCGAUGCUCUUUUGAUUAGACCGAGCACGCGUGGAGCUUGGUAGCGGGCCUUGAGAAGGAUUGCUUCGCUCACGGAGCGACGUGAAAAACAGUGCUCUUAGCCGAUGCUUUUUUGAUU